AUGCAGGUGGUGCGAGAGCAGCGUCGCCCGCAGGCAGGCGAUUGGGCGCAUCCAAGUGUCGCGUCGCCCGGGGAGAGGCAGCUGUCAGGACGCAAAGGAGAGCGGGCUCAUGGUGCAAUGGGCGGUGGGUGGCAGCGAGGCGCACAAGAGGAGUCGUGCGUCGUUUCGUCGUGGAUGCGCGUCUCCAUGAUAUGCUGCGGUUGCGGGAUGCGGAGCAACAAGGCCGCCACCAAAUACUCGCGCUCCCUCUCCCUCUUUCCCUACUCCUCGCUCUUGGACGGGGGGGAGGUGGGGGGCGUGGAGCGGGCGCAGGUGACUAUGGCAAGCGACAUGGCAGGUCGUGGAGAAGAAAAGAAAAAGACGGCAGCGAGAAGGGCGGCGGCGGAGGCACAGGGUGUGCGCAGGAGAGCAAGAAAGCGACCGACUAUCAGCACAGCAGCGAUGAGGGCUUUGGAUCACGAGGAAGAAGAAGGUCACGAGGAAGAGGCGACGCUAUCUAUCGAGGCAAGGGCGACCAAGGGCGACCAAGGGCGACCAAGGGGCCACUUGGAAUCCAACCGAAACCUGGCGCGCCCCCGGCUGCCCAAUCAGCGCCGGGGCUGA